AUAAUAAUAGUGUAAUCCUACUUUGACGACGCGGCGUAUAAAACGUGCGGUCCGUCGGUCGCACGCGUUCAGUCCGCAUUAACGACCGUGCACGGCGGUCGCGAGCAGCCGACCACGCACACCGGAUCCUCUGCGUACGAAUAACGCACUCUYGCCACCCGCGCACGCAGCUAUAGACGGCGUACAGCCCCGGACCGCGGUCGCGUUCAUCAUCAUCGUUUCCCGAACCGUGGUCGUAUACGACACUACGACCUCUUACGCGCGAAACUCAAACACCGUCCGCGUCGAUUAUUAUUGUUGUACAUUUUAAGCUGGUCGUAUCCGCGGACGGACAUCUCGGCGACGUGCUCAUACCGCGAUCACCUCGUAACAUAAAAUAAUAUUAUGAUAGGCAGUGCCGACGUCUGGUGGUCGCACGUGCCGGUCGUCGGCCGCGCGGUCCGAUUCGCAGUGCUUUUGAUCGUUCUUCGGCUUGCCGAUUUCAUGACAGCGGUGACGUGUGACGCGGCCGCCGACGACGACAGACACCAGCAACACCUUCAGCAGCAGCAGCAGCACAUCCACCUCACUGAAUUGGGACGGAACAUAAUCAAAGGGUUGAAACUGGAAAAGUUACCGGACAUGACCAAGGUGGACAUCAGCAACGAUGAAUUCCACUGCAAGUAUUUGGAAUAUUUCCGGCGAUUGUAUGAGGAUGAAUCAGAAUUUUAUGAUCCCGACGACAGCGAUGAUGUAAUAAUGGCAGUGGGUUAUAAUAAUGACGAUGACCACGACGUAUCCGCGAUACAAGUACGGGGCCGAGUGAAACACUUCAGCAGCAAAAACAGUGACGACGAGUCUCCGUGGUUACCGACAGAUGAUAACGGCUAUGUGUUGCAGCGCACUGCGACGAUCACGUUCCCGAUUGAUGAGACGAUGGUGCGCGACAGCGGCGGCCGCGUGUCGGUCAUCAAGUCGGUGGCACGAAUCUAUGCAAACGCCCCUCAAGUACGGGUCCACGUAUACGGUCGUCUGCUGAAGUCAGCUGAUGCUGUUUCACGAGAAAAUCCGUCUCAUGUCGCCGAUCUCACGUGGCCGAGCGGUGGCGAUGGUCGAUGGAUGGACGUGGACGUCACGCGCUUGUUGCGGCCGCGGAAACGUUACCAUCGUGAUGAUGCUACCGGUACGUCUCUGGAACUCUCGCUGCAGUAUUCGGCAGCCAGAACGAUCUAUUUUGGAAACGAAACGGACACGGAUCACGGCCGACAUCCUGUUCUUCACUCUUUCGUGGACGGAGCGGUGGACGUCGGCUCGCGUUUGGCGACAGUGGCCGUCCGAUGUCCAGGUGAAACGAAACGGAAAAAACGAGACGGCCGCGUUAGUCACGGCCGCGGUAAAAAACGUCGUCGGCCUUCUCCGUCCGGUCGCGUUCGUCGGACCGACUGCAAGRCCGAAAUUUCGGUGGCUGUGGGGAACGACAGCGUGACCGAGCACAGCGGCGGAGGUGGCGGGAACAAAUGUUGCCGGGAACAGAUGCGUGUUGUUUUCGCCGACAUUCCAGGUUUCGAUUUUAUAGUCGAGCCAAAGUGGUUCGAUGCGGGCCUUUGCCGGGGACGGUGCCCUGCAAAGUACAAUCCGGCCACCCGGCACGCUUUCAUCCAGAGUCUGUUGUGGAAGCAGCACAACAACAAUCGCCGCGGCAGUAACGGGGAGAAGCGGUCUCGKAGAAAGGUCCGUCACGGCGGUGCUAGCGCGGUGGCUACCAMGACAAGGGCGCCUCAGCCUCCGCCCAAACCGUGUUGCGCGCCAAGCAAACUUGACCGGUUGCAGAUCAUUCACGUCGACGAGACGGACCCGAGCUCGCUGAAGGUGACCACAUGGAAAGAAAUGGCCGUUGUGGAAUGUGCGUGUUCGUGAUCGACGAACUUCGGGUUAAGUUUGACCCACCUCAUCCGACACCAAAUGCUUCACCGAUUUACAGUAUUAUUUCAUUUUUUUUAUAAUCGAGUACAUUGAUUAUUUUUGUAUGCGAUGUAUGAAGUCUCGCUCGGAAUGUUUUUCUUGCCUCCAUAGUUUAAUAUGUUGUUAACGUGUUUCAUUCAAAACGUGUGUCUUAUAUAAUAUUUGAUCAUUUGAAUAUUUAAUUAUCGCUGUAAAAAUUCAAAAUUGUUUUUAUAUCAUGCUUUCCAAAGAUAAUAAUAUCUUGGAUAACGAUUAAGUAGAUGGAAAAAACAGGAAACAUUUAUUACUUAGUGCUUCUUAAUUCUUAUACAGGGCAUUUUUAUUUAUUUAUUUUUUAUACACUGAAUAAUGAAUAUACGGGUUGUCAAGUGUUGAAAAAUUUCGUAUCGAUGUUAAGAAAGGUCACAUGUACAUAAUUACUAGGGGACGGACUUGAGUGUUUAACACUUACUAUAGCCCUAUAAUAGUUAAUAAGGAAAGAUUUGUUGAUCUCGGCGUUAUGGUCGCAUACUGUUUAAGCAAUAUAACAAAUAUUUCGUAGGUWUUAUGCAUGCGAUAUAAUAUGUGUGUUCGAUGACGAAUCGCCAAGAUGUACGGGCCAAAAUUAUAUUAUACUAUUAUUAUUUAUUGUAUAAUAUCCUCAAAAUGAUCUAACGAAUUUUAUAUUGUUUACGAG